GGAAGGCUAGGUGUCUGAGUGUUGGGGGGAAGGGGACGGAUGAGUUUGGCGCAAAGCCUGCCGGGGCAUGGAGUCCCGGUGAGCUUUGUGCGCAUGUGCGACGAGUGAGGGGGCUUGGGGGGCAUCGUCUGGGAGACUGAGAGCACGUCCAGGGAUGUCUGUUCCUCUAGUGGCACCGAUCCCCUCGUAUUCGGACCCCAGCCUCAUGGCUUCUCUUCAUCUCUUUCUCCGUUUUUACUGAGACGUCAUCAACAUAGAGCGUUGUGUUCAGUUACCCCGGGACCAUCUGACGUGGGUACGUUGUGACGCGGUCGCCAUGGACUCACAGACCCCCAUGGAGGUCCUGUCUCCCCAGCCCGUGAAGCAGGAAGGCCAGACGGCCGAGGGCCUGACCCUGGACUCGCCGUGGCACCGCUUUCGCCACUUCCACCUGGGCGAUGCGCCAGGCCCCCGCGAGGCGCUGGGGCUGCUGCGCACCUUGUGCCGAGACUGGCUGCGGCCCGAGCUGCACACCAAGGAGCAGAUGCUGGAGCUGCUGGUGCUGGAGCAGUUCCUGAGCGCACUGCCCGCCGACGUCCAGGCCUGGGUGUGCAGCCGGCGGCCCCAGAGCGGGGAGGAGGCCGUGGCCCUGCUGGAGGAGCUCUGGGGACCAGCAGUGAGGGUACCUCAGGAUGUGACAGAAGGCUCUGGAGUGAGCACUGGAAAGGAUGAUGUUGGGAUGAUGCCCUUAGGAGAUGCGGCCCCCGGGGUGGAGAUGCUGGCGACGGGGGACGCCCAGGCCACGCGCCCCUACAAGCAGGAGCCAGGCAGCCCUCCACCGGCCCCCGCGGCGCCGCCUGCGCCCGGCCUGCCCCCCUUCCUGGCGGCGGCGGCGGCCGCCCCGGGCACCACCUCCUGCCCCGAGUGCGGCAAGGUCGCCCUGAAACCCGCGCACCUGCUGCGCCACCGGCAGAGCCACUCGGCCGAGAAACCGCACGCCUGCCCCGAGUGCGGCAAGGCCUUUCGGCGCAAGGAGCACCUGCGGCGCCACCGCGGAACGCACCCCGGCGGCCCCGGGCCGGCCCUGCGCCCGCUGCCUGCGCGCGAGAAGCCGCACGCCUGCUGCGAGUGCGGCAAGACCUUCUACUGGCGCGAGCACCUGGUGCGCCACCGCAAGACACACUCGGGGGCGCGGCCGUUCGCCUGCUGGCAGUGCGGCAAGGGUUUCGGGCGCCGCGAGCACGUGCUGCGCCACCAGCGCAUCCACGGCCGCGCGGCAGGCAGCGCGGGCGCGGCGGCGGGCCCUGGCAGCGGGGGCCCCUUCCCGGCCUGGCCACUGGGGUAGCAGCCGCCGCGCCUGCCGCCCAGCCCCUCCCGGCCUGCAGCCCCCUGCUCCUGCGCCGGCUCCAGUCGGAACCUGUUUCCUCUACUCUUGUCCCGGGCCACACGGCCCUAUCGGGUUGUCACGGCCUGCCAGGCUGUCCCACUCCGUGCAGGUGCGCCCGCGAGCCCCUCCGCCCCCCUCCCCGUCCUCUCCACCUGCCGUGUGGGUGCCCAGCGAGGCUGGCCUGAGCCCAAGAGAGGAGCGCGGGCCCCUGAUCCAGAGGAGGCUGGAGGAAGGAGACCCCUCCCCACGGGGCGAGGGUGGGAGGGGGAAGGGGUGAUGGUUCUGACAGGAUGGACUGGGCUCUGCUCGUGGGCUCCUUGGGCUCGCCCCUCUCUGCGGCUGGGAGGGUGCGUGAUGGACAGCGAUGCCCGCUCCAGGGAAGCAUCGCGGAGACCACAGUUCACCAUUUGGAGAGUAAUAAAGUUACUUGAUGAGAGGUGCCCAGGCAGUCCCGGGUUCUGUGAAGGUGGGCCUCACCUCCAAAGCCCGUGUUCUGGGGGGACCUUGGGCAUCAGUUCCUCAUCCUUGAGCCUGGAGAGGAGCCUCUCAGAGAUGGGUUUCAUCCAGCUCCCUGGGGGCCCAGGAGCAGGUGUCUCCACUGCCGUCCUUAGAGC